GAACGUCUUGCUGACUGCCUGGGAAUUACACCUCUUCAAGCCAGUCAAUUUAUAGAGAGUUUUAUGCAAAAAUACAAGAAAGUACAUGAAUUUACAAAGAAAACAAUUGAACAAUGCCGAAAUAAAGGUUAUGUGGUUUCCAUAAUGGGACGUAAAAGACCACUGGCUAAUAUCAACGUGCAGGAUUACAAACUACGCACUCAAGCAGAGAGGCAGGCUGUCAAUUUUGUUGUGCAAGGAUCUGCAGCUGAUCUUUGUAAAAUGGCUAUGGUGGAGAUUUUUACCUCUGUUGUCAUUUCUCCGACUUUAACAGCCAGGUUAAUUGCCCAGAUUCAUGACGAGUUGUUGUUUGAAGUAGAAGAUUCUCAAAUCCAGGAAUUUGCAGCACUGGUAAAAAGAACAAUGGAGUCCCUGCAGCAAACCAAAGCCUUGGAAGUGCCACUAAAGGCAGAAACACUGAACUUUUUCUGUCUGAAGACUCCAUGCAGAACUAUUGCUGUCGCUUCAUUUGGGAGCACGGAAAUAGCAAAACUACACACACACCUGUGACUUAGUCAAAGUUACAGCGGCCAUCAGGAACAGAACUUAAGUACCUACAAGUCAUUCAUCCAGAGCACCUUGCCCGACCCUGCCCAAGGAUGCC